CUGAGAGGACUGGCCACCAUGCACAGCCCCUGCAGUCCGCUGUUCCUGCUGCUGCUGGCAGCCACCGGGGGCCCCGCCGGUGCCCUCACUGAUGAUGAGAAGCGCGCGAUGGUGGAGCUUCACAACCUCUACCGGGCCCAGGUGGCUCCCCCUGCUGCGGACAUGCUGCAGAUGAGGUGGGACGAGGAGCUGGCCGCCUUCGCCAAGGCCUACGCGCAGCAGUGCGUGUGGGGCCACAACAAGGACCGCGGGCGGCGCGGCGAGAACCUGUUCGCCAUCACGGAAGAGGGCUUGGACGUGCCGCUGGCCAUGGAGGAGUGGCACCACGAGCGCGAGCACUACAACCUCAGCACCGCCACCUGCGACCAGGGCCAGAUGUGCGGCCACUACACGCAGGUGGUCUGGGCCAAGACAGAGAAGAUUGGCUGUGGUUCCCACUUCUGUGAGAAGCUCCAGGGUGUUGAGGAGAUCAAUAUCCAACUGCUGGUUUGCAACUAUGAGCCCCCGGGGAACGUGAAGGGAAAGAGACCCUACCAGGAAGGGACUCCGUGCUCCCUAUGUCCCUCCGGCCACCGCUGCGAGAAGUCCCUCUGUGAACCCAUCAUAGGCCCGGAAGAGGCUCAGGAUUUGCCCUACCUGGUAACUGAGGCCCCAUCUUCCCCGGCAACUGAAGCUUCAGGCUCUCGGAAAAGCAGUAUCCCUUCCUCCCGGGCAACGGAAACUCCAUCCUCCUUGGUAACAGAGGUCUCAGGCCCUCUGGCAACCAAGGCCCUACCUGCUGUAGAAACCGAGGCCCCAUCUUCCUUACCAACGGAAGAUUCCCCCUCCAUUGCAACAGAGGCUCCACCUUCCUUAACAACUGAGGUCCCUUCCUUUUUGGCAACUCACAGCCUGUUCUCCCUGGAUGAGGGGCCAGCUACCUUCUCCAAAUCAACCCAUGAUCUCAUCUCCAAAUUGGCAGACAAAGAGCCCAGCAGGACAAGAGUGCCCUCCAAGAGUCCAGAGAGUUCUCUGCACCCCAAGAUGUUCUUGACAGGGACACGGGAGCCACUACCCCACUCCCAGAAGGCGGGCAAGGCUGAGGCCGAGUUGUCUCCUUCCAGUGAGGUCUUGGCCUCAGUUUUUCCAGGCCAGGACCAGACAGGUGAGCUGCCGGCCACACUGGACCACAUGGGGCACACCUCCUCCAAGUCCCUGUCCAACUCCCCCAAUACCUCUGCCACCGCUAAGGCCGUGGGCGGGCGGACCCUGGCUCUGCAGUCACCUUUAGCAGGUGCAGAGGGCCCUGAAAAGCCUAGCGUCAAGUCAGGGCUAAACUCGGGCGCUGGUCACAUCCGGGGCCCCCUUCUGGGACUGCUGCUACUGCCUCCCCUGGUGCUGGCUGGAAUCUUCUGAAGGGGCCGCCACUCAAAGGCUGAAGAGGUCAACUGUCCUCCUGCCAUCUCCCCCAACCUGCCCCCCACCCCCCAGACAAGAUGCUUCUUGGCUGAAGGCCCUCCGGACAGGAAAGGCUGCGGGGCCCGCACCUCAUCCACAGAUGCCUUGGAGGCACGAGGCCUGCC